AAGAUCGAAGUUGAAAUUUCCCUGCAGUUGCACGUUUGUCACGAAGCUGGAAAUUUCUGCAGCCGAAAAAACCUGUGAUGGCCUCAAUCAAGCAGUGGACAACUCCCUUGAAGGGACUCGACUCCCUCAAACUCACCGAAGCCCCCAAGCCUGCGCCGGGCAAGGGCGAAGUCCUCGUCGAGAUCCACGCCGUGUCGCUGAAUUACCGCGACGUAGAGGUAACGAAUGGCGAGUACACCCACCACAAGGCCGUGGGACAAGAAGCCAGCAUUGUGCCAUGCUCCGACAUGUGCGGCGUCAUCACGCAGGUCGGGGAGAACGUCAGCGCGUGGAAAGUCGGCGAUCGCGUUCUCUCCACCUUCCUCCCAGACCACCAGACCGGUCAAGUUACGGAAAAGGAACUGGCGCGGGGAAUGGGUCUGCCCCUCAACGGUGUCUUGGCUGAGUACCGUGUCUUCCCGGAAUAUGCGCUGGUCAAAGCGCCAAGCUACAUGAGCGAUGAGCAGGCCGCUACGCUGCCGAUUGCAGUCGUGACGGCAUGGAUGGCGAUCAACGGAAUGCGGCCUAUGGGACAGAACGGCGGACACGGAGAAUAUAUCCUGCUGCAGGGAACGGGUGGAGUGGCGAUUUCGGGGCUGCAGAUCGGAAAGGCGUCCGGUGCCCAGGUGAUCAUCACUUCCUCCUCCGACUCCAAGCUCGCCCAGGCCAAGGAACUCGGUGCCGACUACACAAUCAACUACCGCACCCAGCCCAACUGGGAAGAAGAGGUAAUGCGUCUCACCAACAACCACGGCGCAGACAUCAUCCUGGAGGUCGGUGGCGCCCAGACCUUGAAGAAGAGCUUCGACUCCGUCGCCUUUGGCGGCUUGAUCAACUGCAUCGGGUACGUCUCCGGCAAGAUGGACGCGCCGGAUGACCGCACCAACGUGAACCUCCUGGCGCUGCGGAGGAACGUCACGCUGAAGGGCAUCAUCAACGGGCCCAAGGAUCGGUUCGAGGAAGCGGUGAAGUUCUAUGAGAAACAUCAGAUUCAGCCUGUGGUGAAUAAGGUGUUUUCGUUUGAGGAGGCCAACGAGGCAUUUAAGUUUUUGGCGAGUGGGAAUCAUUUUGGGAAGGUUGUUGUCAGGGUCAAGUAG